CGCGCACGCAUGGCGAAUUCCGCGGGGCUGGCGUUGUGCGGCCGGGCGCUGGUGGUGCGGGGCGGCAGCCGCUUCCUGGCCACCUCCACCGCGGGCAGUGAUGAGGACAGUGUCUUCAUGUAUGAUUGCAGUACUGCAGAAGAGAAAGCACAGGAAAGUAAAGGAGAGGACGGACAGCCUGUGGACAGAGGGAGUGACACGAUUCUGGCGUCCACCUUCUCCACGUCUGGCAGCUAUUUUGCUUUAACUGAUGACAGUAAGCGUCUGAUUCUUUUCCGUACAAAACCAUGGCAAUGUCUGAGUGUCAGGGCCGUGGUGCGGAGGUGCACGGCGCUCACCUUCUCAGCCUCCGAGGAGCGCGUCUUGGUAGCUGACAAGUCUGGAGACGUCUACUCCUUCUCGGUGCUGGAGCCCGAGGGACCGGGCAGGCUGGAGCUUGGGCACCUGUCCAUGCUGCUGGACGUGGCUGUGAGUCCAGACGACCGCUUUGUGCUCACUGCAGACCGAGACGAAAAGAUCCGGGUCAGCUGGGCUGCUGCGCCGCACAACAUCGAGGCCUUCUGUCUGGGGCACGCGGAGUUUGUGAGCCGCAUCUUUGUGGUCCCUGGUCACCCCGAGCUGCUCCUGUCCUCCUCCGGGGACGGCACCCUGAGGCUGUGGGAGUACAGGAGUGGCCGCCAGCUGCACUGCUGCGACCUGGCCGGCCUGCGGGCGCCAGCAGAGCCCAAGGACCACAAGGGCCUUGCUGCGUCCAGGAUCACGUUCUGGGGCCAGGAGAGCUGCGUGGCGGCUCUGUGUGACUGCGUCCCUGCGGUGUUCGUGUUCGGGCUGGACGCUGACGGCCGGCGGCUGGUGUUCCGACAGCAGCUCACCUUCCCGCGGCGGGUGUGGGACGUGGCGUUUGAGGACGCGCAGGGGCUGUGGGUGCUGCAGGACUGCCGCGAGGCCCCGCUCGAGCUCUGGAGGCCCGUGGAGGGCCGGUGGCAGCCCGCCUGUGACAGCGCCGCGGCCCGCAGGCUCUGCAGCCGGCUCCGCGGGGACUGGGCCAUGCUGGAAGGCUCUGCGGGCGCCGAGGACAGCUUCCGCAGCCUCUACAAGGCCACCUUCGACAACAUGUCCUCCUACCUGAGGAGGAAGGAGGAGCGGCUGCGGCAGCGGCUGGGGAAGAAGCGGCCGCGGAGCCCCACGCCGGGGCCCCCCACGCCGGGGCCCCCCGCCCUCACCUGCUGACUGCCGGCCCAGCGCGCCCGCCCGCCCGCGCCUGUCCUCGCCGGGAUAGCGCUCCACCUCAGCACAACUCCUCUCCAGCCUCUAGAACAUUCUGCCCCACCGGAUGCAGCUCCUGGGGUGUGGCCGUCGCGGUGAACACCCCAUUCUCACGCGGCGGGCUGCCACUCCUCCUGCCCCGCCCCGCCCCGCCCCGGCCAUGGCCCCGGGCCCCGGGCUCUGCAGGCACGCGAGCCGCUCCGCUCCACGCGGCCCCCACGACCCCAUCCCCGGCAGCUGGGGCCGCAGAGCCCCGGGACCUGCCCCGGGACAGGACGACGCCCCGCCGGCCCCCAGCCCACGGGCGGGCGCGGUGACCCGCCGUGACCUCGCAGGCCGCGGGCUGUCAUCCGGAGCCAAUCAUGAUCUGUAAAGGCAGGAUUUGCACAGCCUUCCAGAAUGUUCAGCAGCACACCAGAAGCUUGUCUCCAGGCUGGGAUGUGGCUGCUCUUGGGAAGGUGCUGGGCCCUGGGGCUGGGCCACACUGGCUCUUUGGGGUUUUGGGUUUUUUUUUUGCCAGUCCUGGGGCUUGAACUCGAGGCCUGGGUGCAGCCCCUAAGCUCCUUUAGCUCACGGCUAGCGCUCUGUCACGUGAGCCACUGCGCCACUUGUGGCUUUUUCUGAGUAUUUUAGUGGAGAUAGAGAGCCUCGUGGCCUUUCUUGCCCUGGCUGGCCUUGAACCGCGAUCCUCCUCGGAUCUCAGCCUCCUGAGUAGCUGGGAUUAUACGUGUGAGCCACUGGCCCCGCUCACACCGUUCUCUUGUGAUUCUGUGCGCAGCACAGUAGGCGCGGUGUGCCCUGUGACUUGCCUCCCAGCCGUGCGGUCCUGCCCCCUCCGCGGCUGCCCCCUCCGCUCCCCCAAGUGCCUUGCCUUUCCGCCACGGUUAGUCUGGAGACAGCACUGUGCGUCCUGUGACUCACCUCCGGGGACGGCCGGGCCUCGCAGGGAAAGGGGCUGCUGGGUUUCUUUGGAGAAAUCCGCUCUUCCGCCGUGGCCGCCUCUUCCCCAGGCCGGGCCGGGCCGGUCUCCCCCACUGCUGGGCGCCGGGGCGGCCCGGGGACUGAGGGGACUGCGGGGACUGCUGUCUUCCCAGAGCUUGCGCCAAGCUCUUCCUUUGUACCACGCUAGUACAGGCUUGCCCUCGGAGCGCUCGCUUUGCUGGUUGCUCACGACUGGCGGCUCUACUGCUCGAGCCAUGCUUCCAGCGGGCAUUUGGCUGGCUAACGGGAGGUGGAGUCUUGCCAACUUUUUUGCCUAGGCUGGAUUUGAACCUCAGUCUUUCAGAGCUCAGCCUUCUGAGUAAUAAGGAUUCCAGAUAUGUCAUUGAUGUCUGAUUCCUAUCACCAGUCAUAUGUCCAUGUGACAGACCCAGCGUCAGUGAGCAGUUCCUUUCCAGAGACUCCCCCUGCAGACCCUGCCCCGUCCCUGUCCCCAGAGCCUGCCCCGC